UUUAUUAUCUCACAGAAGUGCUUACCGAGACUCUUCAAACGGAGAUGGGCCGUGUUUUGGGCAACGGUGAAGGUGACGAAAGCCUCUCUGGGAGUGACAAAGAUGAAUCAUUGGAUGAAGACAUGGAAGCCCUAAAAAGGGCUUGUAUAUUGACAGGAACAAAUCCUAACGAGAUCGAAGACGUCUCUGCUGUGCAUGCAGCUGCCUCUGAUUCUGAAGGCAACGAUAGUGGAACCAAUGAUGUUGAAGUGUUUCGAAGUCUACAACAACGGUUCUUGCCUCAAUCGGAAGGUGGAGCGCCUCUUGUUUUGAAACCUCUGAGCACUCUACCGCCAGUUUUUGGUUCAGACGACGAAGAAGAUUUUGAAACGCUUCGUGCAAUCCAGAGGCGCUUCACCAAGUACAACAGCGAUGCUCUGAAGAAGUGCGAGUCGACCUCUGUACAUAACCCUAAUACUAGCUUAACAUCAGAACAGGAUACUCACAAUAUUUUGUUGGCAAAUGAUACUACUGGUGAGGCUUUAGACAAUGAGUUUUCGGAUUAUGAAGAUGCUUGUAGUGCCUAUGAGCAUUCAGAAUCUGUUGGUGACGGAGAUCCCAGGAGUCAGCCAUUGGCUUCCAUUGAGUGGCAUCAACCGGUUGCUCCUGUGUUAUCUUCCAUACCGCCAAAAUAUUCUAGCUUCCCCGCUUCUGGAAAGGUAUUUAUUGACGCCAUUAAGAACAACAGGUCAUGUCAGAGAUUUAUUAGGAGCAAGCUGAUAGAGAUUGAGGCAAGGAUUGAGGAGAACAGAAAACUGUUGGAACGUAUCAAAGUUCUCAAGGACUUUCAGUCUUCAUGCAAAAAAAGAGCAGGGCGAGCUUUCUCGCAAAAGAAGGAUGUUCGUGUCCAGUUAAUUUCAGUUCCAAAGUUUAAGAACUCUCAAGAUUUAAAGGCUAAUGGUAAGAAGACUUCUGCCUUAUCUUAUGGGCCAGUUGAAAAUUCUCAUGUUCAAUUCUAUAGAACAGUGUUGACAACAUUGUUUCCGCUUUCCCUGCGUCGGCAAUCAUGGUCCCAGAUGGAGAAGGAAAAUCUUGCUCAGGGAAUAAAACAACAUAUUCAAGAAAUGUUGUUUGAUAAAUCGUUGGUGUUCUAUAGUGGUUCAGAAGGAUCUUCUGGAGCUUCAGAUGCUGUUGAUAGCAUCAUCGCUUCGAUCACAGAUCUUGAAUUUACCCCUGAAAAUAUAAGAUCAUUUUUGCCUAAGAUUGAUUGGCAAAGGUUGGCUUCCAUGCAUUUUAUGGGUCGGUCUGGUGCUGAAUGUGAAGCAAGGUGGUUGAACAUUGAAGAUCCUCUGAUCAAUCAUAAUGCAUGGACCAAAUACGAGGAUAAGAAGCUUUUGCAUCUUCUCCAAGAAAGAGGGACACCUUAUAACUGGAUUGAUAUUGCUACUAGAUUGGAGACUAACAGAACUCCAUUUCAGUGUUUAUCUCGUUAUCAACGGAGCCUUAAUAAUCACAUUAUAAAAAGGGGCUGGGCACCUGAGGAGGAUGCUCAACUUUGUGCAGCUGUAGAAGCUUUUGGUGAGGGUUAUUGGCAAUUAGUAGCUUCUAAUUUGGAAGGAAGGACUGGUACUCAGUGCUCUAAUAGAUGGAGGAAAACGCUUCAUCCCUCUCGGAAAAUGGUGGGUAGGUGGACCGUGGAUGAAGACAAACGCUUGAAAGUUGCUGUGAUGCUUUUUGGGCCCAAAUCCUGGUCGAAAAUUGCAAAAUUUGUCCCUGGUCGAACUCAAGUUCAGUGUAGAGAAAGAUGGGUCAAUGUUCUAGAUCCAUCCUUGAAUCUAGGAGAAUGGACUGAAGAAGAGGACAAUAAGUUGGAAGCAGCGAUUAAGGAGCAUGGAUAUUGCUGGUCUAAGGUUGCAGCAGCUGUGCCUCCACGGACUGAUAGUCAAUGUAGGAGGAGAUGGAAGGUGCUGUUUCCACAUGAAGUUCCUUUGCUCCAAGCAGCUCGGAAGAUACAAAAAGCUGCUCUUAUUUCCAAUUUUGUAGAUCGGGAGUCGGAGCGACCUGAACUUGGUGCUGGUGACUUUCUUGCAUUACCAGGCGCAAAUUCUAUUCCUGGCUCAGAGAAUGGAAACAGUAAUGGCAAGGAAAAGAAAAGAUCAAGUGACAUUCCAAAGAGUAAGCCCAAGAGAUCUAGAACCAAAGCUCAAAUUUAUCCUGAAGAGGCUUUAAGUCCGACAAACUGUGAUGAUGCUGAAACAAUUGGUAGUGAUGAUACCUCAAAGAAGAGAAAAGCACCUAAGUUACCUUCAAAGAGGAAGAAAUCUGCUAAAUCAGUGCAGGAUCACCAAGAUCAUUCAUCAACUCCCAGAGAUUCUACAUGUCUGAGGGCAAUGAAUGGUGCUGUUGAGGCUGUUGGCAGCCAUGAUACUACAAAGGAGAAAAAGACACCUAGGUCUCUUUCAAGAAGUAACAGAAGUACCAAACCUGCUCCAGGUCACCAGUCUGUUUCGUUUUCUGCUGAAGACUCAACAACUUUGAGGAUAAGAAAUGCUGAUGAUGUGGAGACUUCAGCUGUGGGUUAUGAUUCUAAUUCAAAGAAGAAAAAUGAUGCUGAAACAAUUGGUAGUGAUGAUACCUCCUCAAAGAAGAGAAAAGCACCUAAGUUACCUUCAAAGAGGAAGAUAUUUGCUAAAUCUGUGCAGGACCACCAAGAUCAUUCAUCGACUCCCAGAGAUUCUACUUAUCUGAGGGCAAUGAAUGGUGACGUUGAGGCCGUAUGUGGCAAUGAUACUACAAAGGAGAAAAAGACACUUAAAGUUUAUUCAAGGCAUAACAGAAGUACCAAACCUGCUCCAGAUCACCAGUCUCUUUCGUUUUCUGCUGAAGAUUCAACAACUUUGAGGAUAAGAAAUGCUGAUGAUGUUGAGACUUCAGGUGUGGAUUAUGCUAAUUCAAAGAAGAAAAAUGCAAUCAAAGUCUGUCCAAAUAAGAGGAAAUACACUGAGCCUAUGCAGGACAGCCAUAAUCUUAAUGGAAAUAACGUUGGGACUACUGGUAUGGAGGAUUACCAUCCGAAGAAAAAGAAGCCUAAUACAGGUCCUGAUCACCCGGAUCUUUCAUUGUCUGCUGUAGAUUCAGGAUGUUUAAAAAUAACAAAUGUUGAUGUUCAUGCCCCAGGUGUGGAUUAUACCACUUCAAAGAAGAAAAAUGCAGUAAAGGCAUGUUCAGAAAGGAGUAAAUGCACUGAAUCUACCCAAGGCAACCAGGAUCUUAAUGGAAAUAACAUUGAGAGUACUGGUGGGGGUGUUGCCAAUUCAGAGAACAAAAAGGAUCCUAGACAAUGUUCAAAGAGGAAAAUGUAUGCCAAAUCAGCACAUGACCAUCAAAAUGUUGAACAUGUUGAGAUCACUGGUGGGGAUAAUUGUGUGCCGAGGAAGAGAGAGGCUUCUUCAUCUUGUUCAAAGAAGGGUAAAUGUAUCAACCCAACACAGGACCACCAAGUUCAUACUUCACCUUCAGAACAUUUGACAUCUUUAUGGGUAGCUACUGUUGAGGAUGUUGAAGCCAUUGCUGAGGAUACUGUUCUAAAUUGUGUCUCAAAGGUGCAUGGUUCACACUCGAAGAACGAUAAAUGUAUUGCACCACAAGAGGACUCCCAAGAUCUUUCACUAUGUUCGGGACAACUAACUUUGGAUGUCAUCGAUGCUUCUUCAAAAGUGGAGUCAAGAGUUGCUGAUGUUACUAAAGAAGAUGGGUCUGAAAAGUUGACUAAAGAGAAACCUUGUUUUGAAUUAUCUUCACAAUAUAUUACUGAAUGUCGGUCUUCUUCUGCCUGCAUUACCAAAGUUGAUGCGAUUGUUCCUGAAAAAGCUGAUGUUCAAGAGGGAUAUUGUACUUCUACUUCGAGACGGAGUCAUCGCGCUAGGUUCUCCCCAUGCUAUCUUCGAUCAACAGACUGGGAAACUUAAUGUUUGUUUCCCUUAGAUUUGUUUUGAUCUUUAUUGUUCGUUUUGUUUGUUUCGAUUGG